GUGCAAAAUUACUUUAGUAUACAAUAUAAAAGCCUUUAUAAAUCUCUUACUAAGAAUUAAUAUAAUAUUUUAUAAUUAUACAAAGUAUUACUUCAUUCUUUUUCUACUGUUGUAAAAGUUAAACAAAUGUCAGUUUAUAUAGUUGCUGCAAAAAGAUCACCAAUUGGAUCCUUUGAAGGUUCAUUAUCAUCCCUUAGUUCUGUUGAUUUAGGUGUCCAGCUUGUCAAAUCAUUUGUUAGUGAAUUUGAUCAAGAACUUCCUAUAGAUCAUGUUUAUUGGGGAUCAGCUUUACAAGCUGGUCUUGGUCAAAAUAUUUCAAGACAAGUUGCCAUCGGAGCUGGAUUACCAACCUCAACUAUUUCUACCACUGUCAAUAAAGUAUGUGCUUCGGGAUUAAAAGCAGUUAUUUUAGGAGCUCAAGAUAUUUUAUUAGGUGAAUCUGAACUUGCAAUUGUUGGUGGUAGUGAAUCAAUGUCAAAUGUCCCAUUUUAUCUUAACGGGAAAACAAGAAGAGGCGAAUAUAAAUAUGGAAAUAUUGAAAUGAUUGAUGGAUUACAAUAUGAUGGAUUGACCAAUGCUUUUGGAGAAAAGUUACUUAUGGGUCAUGCCGGUGAAAAAGUUGCAGAAGAACUUGGAUUCUCUAGAGAAGAUCAAGAUGAAUAUGCAAUCGGUAGUUAUGAAAAGGCAAUCAAAGCUUAUGAAAAUGGCAAAUUUGUUAAUGAGAUCAUUCCUGUUGAAAUUAAAACCAGAAAAGGAACUAUUACAAUUUCUAAAGAUGAAGACUUAAAUAAAUAUAAUGCUGAAAAAUUGAAAACAGUUAAGUCGGCAUUCAUCGAAUCAGGUACUGUUACUGCUGCAAAUUCACCUUCUUUGAAUGAUGGUGCUGCUGUCUUACUUCUCUGUUCAGCAUCAGCUCUUACCAAAUAUAAUUUACAUCCAAUUGCCAAGAUUAGAAGUUAUGGAGAAGCUGAAAGAGAUCCAAUGGAUUUCACCAUUGCUCCUUCUCUUGCUGUUCCAAAAGCUUUAAGCAAAGCUGGUUUAACUGUAGAUGAUAUUGAUUAUUUUGAAGUAAAUGAAGCCUUUUCGGUAGUCGGAAUGGCUAAUUCAAAAUUAUUAGAUAUCCCUUCUCAUAAAUUGAAUGUUUAUGGAGGUGCAGUUGCUUUGGGACAUCCAUUAGGUUGUUCAGGUGCUAGAAUCUUAGUUACUUUGGUUAAUAUUUUGCAACAAGAAAAGCUUACUUCCAAAUUAGGUGUAGUGGGAAUUUGUAAUGGUGGAGGUGGUGCCUCUGCUAUUGUUAUUGAAAAGGUUUAAUUAAGUUUAUUAAAUUAUUAAAUUUUUAUUGUUAU